CUUGAGCGUUUGCAGUAAACUUCCCUAAUUCCAAAGAAGCUACUUUGGGCACGGUGACUAGGAUUUAAAGCAGGUAAUCAACUAUGGCCAUCACUAGAAGCACAGUGGUCUUGGCUAUUCUCUGCUUCAUCCUUAUACGAGCUGAGUUGGGGAUCUAUGGUGAAGAUUUGCACAUGGAUGCUGCCAAGAACAUAGACUGCGGUGGGAAGUGCAAUUACAGGUGCAGCAAGACUAGCAGACACAAAAUGUGCAUAAGGGCAUGCAAUAGUUGCUGCAAGACGUGCAGCUGCGUGCCACCAGGCACUUCUGGGAACCGAGAUAUGUGCCCUUGCUAUGCUAGCCUCACCACACAUGGAGGAAAGCUCAAGUGCCCAUGAUGAGUCGAUCACACAUGCUUAUAAUAAUUAUGAAGCUGAUCAGAGUCUAAGAUUAGAUACCUAAUAGUAUUUAUCUCACCAUAUGCGUGCAGUCAAAUUAAUAAAUGCAAUAUUAUUUUGUCUCAACGUAACUACGUGGUAAUAUGGUCUGAUCGAGGAAUGAAGCACCGAGGGAAGAACAUACAUAGCACCAAACGAGCUGCUUAAUUGGCUAGCAAAGUGGGAAAAUGGAUGAUGACUAAGAUCUGAUAUUGUUGCGGAUAAAUAUAUAUAUAUACAUACAUAUAUAUAUAUAUAUAUAUAUGAUAUUGUUUUUAUGCUGCAAUUUAUUUAGUACGUACAAGUAUGAUGUAUGAUGUUAAUUUGAGGCUAAAUAAUAAUGCUAGUCAAUGUUAGUACUAGUUU